AUGUACUUCUCUCCACCCCCCAUCGAGGUCCCCUCCUCCUACGAAACCCUCCCUCUCGGCCAUGUCAAGGUCUCGCACUCUCCCACAGGCGCUGCAACCGCCACUCCCGUCGUGGUGGUCACCCUGAACCGGCCCGACAAGCGCAACGCCUUCACGCAGCAGAUGGCCGAGGAGCUCGAGCGAGUCUUUGGCCUGUGCGACGUCGACGAGCGCGUCAAGGCCAUCGUGCUGACCGGGGCCGGCCAUACGUUCUGCGCCGGCGCCGACCUCGAGAUCGGGUUCAGCGGGGGUGCCAAAGAGCGCACCGUCGACCACCGCGAUAGUGGCGGCCGCGUCGCCCUCGCCAUCCACAAAUGCCGCAAACCCACCAUCGCCGCGAUGCAGGGCUCGGCCGUCGGCGUCGGCAUGACCAUGGUGCUGCCGGCGGCGGUGCGCAUCGCGCACGACGCGUCCAAGUACGGCUUCGUCUUCGGCCGCCGCGGCAUCACCAUGGAGUCGUGCUCGUCGUACUUUCUCCCGCGGCUGAUCGGCUUCUCGCGCGCCAUGUACCUCGUCUCAACGGGCGCCGUGUUCCCGCCAACCUCGCCGCAUUUCGACGGGCUGUUCGCCGAGUCGCUGGCCGACCCGGCCGCGGUGCUGCCGCGCGCGCUAGAGUUGGCCACCGAGAUCGCGCAGAAUGUCAGCCCCAUGGCGUCGACGCUGAACCGGGCGCUGAUGUGGCGUGGGCCUGCAUCGCCGGAAGAGGCGCAUCUGCUCGAGUCGAGCAUUAUCUGCCAUAUGUUUGGGGCGGGGUAUGUUAUGUUCUAUUCCUUGGGGGAGGGGUUGUGCUGA